AUGAGUGAAGAGAAGUCGCUGAAGCUGGAAGUGGCUUUGCUUAGAUCAGAGGUGGCUGGAUUGCAAGCUCGAGUAGCGGAGCUCGAGCGGGUGAGAGGAGGCAGCUCUAGCCCCCACAGUUUUCAGGUGAUUACAGAGGCUGAGACCCCCCAGGAGGCUGAGACCCCCACUUGUGCCUUUGAAGUUGCAGCUGCGGACGCUGAGUCGCGGCUGGCUUUGGCUAAGGAGAUUGGGAAGUUUUUGCGUCGGGCGGUCACGGGCCAGCCCAGGGGCAGCUCCGGGCGUGAUCGCUUGAAGUUGCAAAACAGGUGCUAUUUGGUGGUGGCGGAUUUUGAAGGAAAGGCCUUGACAGAACCAAAGUUUUUGACUUCUUUUCAGGAGGUGAAGGCGAUUUGCAAGAGAGGCAGUGAGGCAGGAGAUUCAGUUUUUGUUGGACUCCCUACGAAGUGGGAAGCUAGAGCGGCGCUGAUUGCGGGGGACUUCCCUCUGCCUCUUGCAGGCCUCGCGCCUGAAGUGGCCCAGGCUCUUUUGGUGCAAGAGUCAGGGUUGUCAACUACGCACUACAGUGUGGCUCAUUUUACCUACGUGUUAGCCGAAGAGCUGCACGCAGUCAAUUUGGUCCCCAUUGCCGUUCACUCAGAGAAGCUACUGAUCGCUGUUCCCUAUUCGGUAUGGAACAGAUUGGUGGUCAGACGCAUGUUGCCAGAGCGGGCUUUGAGCCGGCCAAUUUUGGUGGAAGUCCUGACGGCGUACGAAGAUUCGCCGGAGGAAGCCACGGAGGAGGUUAUGAAGCUGUGGAUAGGGCUUUUGAAUCCCAGCCUUGUCUCGGCUGUGCGCCCUGGCCGGGGCGUGGAUGUGGUAGCAGACAUUUACAAAGAGGACGAGGUUAUGGGCAGGACGCUGAUCCCGUUCGGCCCCAGUUUGGUGGAGGUGUCGGAGGAGCAUUUUGCUUUCCACUCGGCAGAAGAACAAGGGCCUCCGGAGGCAGAGGAAGUCUCCGGAGAUCAUAUGGAAGUGAGGAUGCGAGAGAUGGAGAGAGGUAUGAAAGCAGUGCAGGCGAGUUUAGCCGAGCUGGUGCAGAACAGCCGGCCUCCACCAAAGAAGGUAGAGGUCGAGACCAGGAAGAGUGCCUUGAGAGCCCCGCCCUUGCCGGGCCUCGACCCUGCAGUGGUGACGUCGGCGCGAGAAGCCGGCAUUCCAGAGGAUCAGCUUCGCAGGCUCAGCGGCCUUCUUGCCAAGGGCAACAAGAUGACGGACGUUCCGCGGCCGAAGCAAGCCGCCACCAAGCUCGUCGCCGCAGAUCCGCUGAGCGAAAGCGAAGCCGAGCCUGCGUUCGAAGAGGUGGAAGACGCCACGGAGGAGGAAGCUGCAGGAGCUCCCAUCGAGCAAGCGGUCAAGCAGCUCACAAAGAUCGUGGGCACUUUGGCAAAGGACAGAGAGAAGAAAGCAAGGGAUUUGGAAGCUUUGCUGGAUGGUGUCGAGCCCGAAGGCGAGAGUUCGACCUCGAGCACUGGCAAGGGCAAAGCAGCAGUCUACAAAAGGCUCAAAGCCUGCCUCCAGAGCGAUCCCGCUUUCAUCUACGAGACGGUCGAAAGUCUGUUGGAAAAAGACUUCAAUGUGAUGCGCAGUGCACCGGGCGCCUCAGUCCAGAGCACCUCGGCACGAGCUUGGUUGGAGCACAGGUCGAGGCUGGGAAACUAUGCAGCCACGAUCAGAUACACCUGGAUUCUCUGCGGGAUCUGGGAUGCCCUGCGGAGCGGGGCAGUCAAGGAGGCGAGAGCCCGAGCGGCACUAGGAGUCAUAGCAGCAGACCAGACCUCCAUAGACGGAGGCAGUUGGCUUUUGUCUCAGGAAGUGCUGUUGGAGGAAGCCCCGCCGAUGAGCAGUUUUCAGCAGCGGCGGCAAGUCGACCAAUGGGACCAGCCAAGCUCCCGUCUGCUCGACGAGAGGUGGCAGGAGGUGCUGAUGUGGCGGGUGAACAGCAAACUAGGAAGCCACGAGGGAGGAGCAGCGAAGCCUGCUCCUGCCGCUCCUGGUGCAGGAGCUACCACUUGCAAGGGGUACAGCCUUUGGAAUUCACUUUUUUCUUGCCUCUCCAAGGGGCGAUCAAAGCUUUCUAUGAUAUGGUUCUACGUCAGGGCAACUAGCGCUCAGAAGCGAGCGACCGAAGGGAGUAUGUGGCCGCUGCCGGCUCCUUUCCCGGAAAUGCACCGGAGGGGUGCAAACCGGACUCAGCGCGACGCCGCGCGCAAACUGGGACUAAACUUUUUGGUCCUGGUGCUCAACUUUUUGGGUUCCCCGGCAGUGCAUUGGAGGAGAGCAAUGCCACCUUUGGGGACCCCUUUGAACUCUACGCAGUGGGCUUUUGUCCGCAGCCUUCGACACCAUGUUGAUGCUUGGAACUUGGAAGAAGAUGUGACGAGCGAAGCCAUGGGCCGAGCUGCUGCAAAGGUCGAGAACGUGGAGGCAGUUUUGGAGAAGUUAGAAGAGGAGGCGCAGAGCGUUGCAGAGAGACUGCAGCGCUACAAGCACCGACGAAAGAAGGUGCUGCACACAGACUGGGGUCAUAGGGGAGACCCGGGCGAAGUGGUCGGUCAGAUGGCCCUCAAGCCUGGCCAUCUUGCAAAAGCAGUGGAGCCCGCGCGCCUGCAUUUCUGGGGCGUGCCAAGUUUUGAGGCGGAGGAGUUCAUGGAUGAAGAGAACAGGGCCGUCUUUUUGGACCCUCUCUCGCACGCGGCUGCCCCUGACCUAAACCAACGGCCACCUCCGCGGGUGAAAGUCAGGAUUGCCCGCAGAGACAAGUUGGCGCUGCUUGAGAAGCUGGACAGCGUGGAACGGCUCGCCCUGGUGCCUAGCAGCAGCAUCAGGCAGGGCUAUGAGAAUGGGCUGUUCACGGUGCCAAAAGAUGAAGUGCGAGACAGGAUGGUGCUGGACGCCAGACCUCCGAAUUGUUUGGAGGACAACACUGACGUGUGGAUCCGCUCUCUAGGGUCCUUAGUGCAGUUUCAGCAUUUUUUCUUGGAGCCAAAUGAAGAUGCCAGGUUGUUUGCGGAGGACUUGAGAGAGUUUUACCAUGCUUUUUCCAUCAGUCCCAGCCGGGUUCUUCGGAACGCCUUAAAGCUGAAGGUGAAGCCUCGACUUGUGGAGCACCUGAAGUGUUUCCAUCCUGGUUUGCAGCAUGAGGAGUUUCUGGUUCCCUGUUUGCGCACAAUGGCGAUGGGGGACAAUAGAGCAGUCAGUUUUGGGCAGGUGGCUCAUUUGGGCGUUUUGCUCAGAACAGGAGCUUUGCGCCUGGCGGAUUUCAUCUGCCUGGCAGCCCGGCCGCCAAGACAGAGGUGGCUAGCGGGCUUGAUGAUAGAUGAUUUGGUUUUGGUUGAAGCUGUGCCCAGAGAUGUUUUGGGGUAUAGCUCAACUUGUGAGGCCAUCAUCAAAAAGGUCAGAGAGCAGUACGAGCAGGUGAAGUUGCCUCGCCAUGAAGGCAAAGCUGUUUACAAUCAAGCACUGGGGACUUUUUGGGGUGCUCAGUUUGACGGAGAUGCGGGGUUGCUGAGACCCAACCUCAAACGAGCCAUUCCUCUGGCCUUCAUCAUCCUGCGCGUCUUGGAGCUUGGAAAAGUGAGCGUCGGUUUGAUGGAGGUCAUUGCAGGGUCCCUGGUUGCCGUUUUUCAGCUGCGUAGGAGGUUUAUGUCCAUCCUGCAAGAAAUUUAUGGUUCCCAACGGGGACGCAGAGAGGAGGAUGUGGUGCUGAUCAGCGCCGACUUGAGAGAUGAGCUUCUGUGCGUUUUGGCCCUUCUUCCUCUCUCUUGCAUAGACAUGCGCCUUGCACCUUCUCCUUACCUUGUUUGCAGUGAUGCCUCGAACAGUGCAGAAGCCGCAGUCAGAACGCGCGUUGGCAGUGCAGCCACACGAGAGCUGCAGAAGUAUGGUUUGCAGAAAGGGAUGUGGAACAAGCUGCUCUCUCCUCUUGAGUCUUAUAUGAGAGAGAAGGGUUUUGAGUUUGAGAGGGGAGAGAUUGAGGAGGAAUACCAGAUGCAUCCUGCGUGGCAGACCAUUGCGCAGGCAAAAGCUUUCGAGCGUUUUGGCAGGGUAAAGCAAGUGAGAAGUAGGAGGCACAUCAACAUAGGAGAGAUGCGGGCCGCUUUGGCCGCUGAGAAGGAAGUAGGCAAGGAGCAGCCGGGGUCCUAUUAUGUGCACCUGCAAGACUCUCAGGUCAGCCUGGCAGCACUCGUCAAAGGGAGGUCUUCCUCCCGCUCUUUGAACGAGGAGAUGCGCAGGUCGAUACCCGACCAUGUGCGCUUCAACACCCGUCCUUUUUAUGGUUUUCUGAGGUCGGCUUUCAACCCUGCUGACGACCCUACAAGGGAAGCGGAUCUGCGAAAACCCAGCCUGGAUGAGCCUCGCUGGCUGACAGAUCUGCAGAAGGGCGACUGUGGAGAAUUUGACAAGGAGAUGUUGCGCUUGGGCAGCCACCUCAGCCAGAUGACUGGGCUGCCGCCAGAGGAGAAGUUGAAGCCUAGGUUGGAGGUAGACUUGUCGAGCUCUGGAGCUUUGAAGCGCGCCAGACGCCGAGCUGGCGUCAAGAAGAAAGGAUCUGCAGCAGUUGAACGGUUAGAACCACCAGUCGAAGAGGCUGGGGAUGGACUGUGGAGAGCCGGGCCUUGUGACGUUGAAGCUCUGAGCGCUGAGCGGCAGUCGCCGGUGGAGGAGACCGGCGGCGAGCUCGCGAUCGGGCUGGCCCAGGCCCACAACCAUACGGCCCAGGGCGCUGAGCGACAGUCGCCGGUGGAGGAGACCGGCAGCAAGUUCGUGACCGGGCGUCAGCAGACUGCGACACGGUCCGGAGAGCGCCUGGGCACCCACUUGAUGCAUGCAGUUUCCAAAUCAGAAGAAAAGGGAAGUGGCGCUGAUAGCGUCAAUGCCAGAGUUGAGGAGGCAAGCCAGAAGUCCCAAUGGAAGUCGGAGGCGCAGAAGAAACGCGCGCUUCUUGAGCUUAGCCAGUUUGACAGCUCUCAGUUUUUGUGGUCAGAAGGCUACGCCAGUUUGGAGGAGGCAAUCAGUGCCGGCCCAGGGGUGUUAGACCUUUUUUCUGGAAGCAGAGGUUUUUCGAAAGCGAUGGUGCGGACCGCGAAAACUUGGGUCCUCACUUUCGACAUUGAGCACUCUGUUUCGGAAGAUCUUAGUAAAACCCCCCUCCAACACAACUUAGUAAGGCUAGUUAGGCUAGGACUCUUUGCCGCCAUGGGAGCUGGACCUGUCUGUGCGUCAUUCAGCACAGCCAUAACACCGCCAGUGCGCACCAUCGAGCAUCCCGAAGGGGUCGAUUGGUGCUCAGAAAAGCAACAGCUGAAGAAUGAACUGGGCAACAACUUUUUGGCUUUUGUUUUGCAGAUCACUCUUGCGUGCCUGGAUGCAGGGGUGAUCUUUUUUGUGGAGAACCCUGAUGGGUCUUGGAUGUGGAGGCAAAGACGUCCUGACUUGAGCUGGAGCAGCGUUUUGAGACGUCCUGGCGUCGAUGAUUUCAGGACGGACUUUUGCCGUUUCGGCACGAAGUGGCGAAAGAGAACUAGGUUUCGGACCAACAGUCACUUAGGCGGGCAGAAGCUGUUCUGUAUUUGCAAGGGCCACCAUUUGGUUCUGCGCGGGAGGUGCAAACAGAGAAAGAUGAACAUGACAAAACUGGCUGAACCCUACCCAAGGGGAUUGUGCAACAUGUUGGCUGGAGCGAUAGCAAGAGACGCAGGUUUCUUGGGCGAACGCCGAAAGCUGGACGUGAAUCUUUGCGCCCGGCAGUCUUCGUGCCGGAUUGGGGAGGCAUCUCACCCGGGGCCUCGUCGCGCCCCGGGGCAAAGGCCCCCCAUCCAUUUGGGAGAUGUGGAGCUUCUAGAACCUGCAACUAUAGCUAUCAGAGCGCGAGUCAUGCAGCGGUUUUUGGACUGGUUUGAGAUGGAGUGUCCCAACGCCGACUUUUUAUGUUGGCUCCGCGUGCCGAGCUUAGCAGUUUCCUUGCUGGUGGCUUUUGGGUACUUUGCUUUUGAGACUGGCUGCCCCCUGUUUUACUACAGACAGUUGCUUGCACAUGUUCAGAGAGAGCAUCCACAGUUGCGUCUUUACAUGUUUGCUGCCUGGGACACAGUGAGAAAGUGGGAGAUGCUGGAGCCUAUCCAACAUCGUCCUCCCAUGCCGGAGCCUUUAGUCAGAGCUAUGGCCACAGUGGCCGUGUCAUGGCAAUGGAACAGGUGGGCUGCUGUUCUUCUGGGGUGUUUCUUUUCUAUCUGUAGGGUAGGGGAGUUCAUCAAAGCCAGGAGAAGAGACGUUUUGCUGCCAAGUGAUAUUUUGGAUGACAGCCUCGUCAUCUAUGUGAAAAUUCACGAACCAAAGACCCGGAGAAGAGGUGCUAGAUCUCAAUACGCCACUAUUGUGGACCCUCUUGUUGUUCAUUUUGUUUCUGCCAUUUGGAGCCCUUUAGCUGCCGACGAUUUUUUGUACGGCAGCACCGCUGGAGCUUUCAGAUAUCGGUGGGACAAAAUUUUGCAGCACAUUGGUGUCACAAAAGUGCAUAGACUGACUCCAGGUUCACUACGAGGCGGUGGGGCCGUGGCGGCCCAUAAGAAAGGUAUGAGUAUUUCUGAUUUGCUUUGGCGUAUGAGAUUGCAACACCAGCAGACGUUGUCUUUUUACCUCCAGGAGACCACUGCAGUUUCAAUCCUUCCAGCCUUGCUGCCAGAAAUCCGGCAGAGGAUCUGUGACUUACGGGACCUCAUGCCAACUUACUUGCAAGUUGUGGCCCAGCAGCGCACAGUUGUGCACAAGCUUAGCUAA